AUGAACUUUGACUUGAAACGAAAGAAAAAUUAUAUUAUGAGAACCAAACCUUUGGUAGAGGAAGCUUCAGAAGCUGUAGAACUUCAUAAAAUUCACGAAGAAGUUUUCGUUUCAGAAUUUGGUAAAUCUUCUGAUUUUGAUCAACUUUGUAAUGGAAUCGAUAGUAAUCUAAGUUCUAAACGUAGAGAAAUCAAAGAACUUUGCAUUAAACUAGUACAUAAUUUAGAUAAAUUAAGUCAAGCGGGUGAUUCCGAACGUAAUAAUUACUGCAACUACAUACCAUAUUGGUUAUAUUAA